AUGGCUUCCAAGAGAUCAAUUUCAGCAGAGCAUUCAAACCCUAUAAACUCCCUCUUGAAAGUCACAAUCUUGGUCGUGGAUGAUGAUUCCACUUCUUUGGCAAUCGUCUCUGCGAUGUUAAAAGAGUGGCGCUAUGAAGUUGCAACUGUUAAAUCCCCGGCGGAUGCUUUGUCCACUCUUCGAGCUAAACCAGGAAUCGACCUAGUGGUCACUGAUCUACAUAUGCCUGGAAUGAAUGGGAUUGAGCUUCAAAGGCAAAUCAACCGAGAAUUUAGAGUCCCCGUCAUUAUAAUGUCCUCAGAUGAACAAGAAAGUGUCAUGUUGCAAAGCUUAGAGGAAGGAGCUGUAUUUUUUAUAGCAAAACCCGUAAAGCCUGAUGAUCUAAAAAAUGUAUGGCAAUAUGCAAUUGCAGCGAAGAAAGGUAAAUCCGUUGUUAUUGAGGAAAUUGCAAGCACUGAAGGAGAAGCACCGUCAGCGGGAAAAGUAUCAAAAGACGAAGUAAGGUCUGUGGCAUCGGUGAAGGAUGACAAGAAUAAUGCUAAAAAGGGAACCAAAAGAAAGGCGUCAAGAAAAAGCAAGGAUGAUCAAGAAGACGUAACUGGAUCUGCCCCAAAAAAGGCCAAGGUGGUUUGGACGAAUUCACUUCACAACAAGUUUUUGGAAGCCUUGAGACAAAUUGGCCUGGACAAAGCUGUCCCCAAGAAGAUUCUUGAGAUCAUGAACGUGCCAGGUUUAACCAGAGAGAAUGUGGCUAGCCAUUUACAGAAGUACCGGAUCUUCUUAAAGCGAGUAGCAGAGAGGGGUUGUUUUGCAUCAAAGGCUUUCGUUGAGAAGAUCCUUAGGUCAAGCUUUGCAUCUGGCCAUCCAUUGUUGCUGAAAACUGCCCAAGAAUAUGCGCGAUUGGCAGAGCUGCAACAAAAGAGAGGAUUAACAUUCCGACCAGAGUAUGGAGGGUAUGUUUCAUAUCAGAAUGCUCAUAAUGCUGCCACCCAUGGAUCCGUGCUCUUUCCAUAUCAGAAUGCUUCAAGCAGCAACUCUGCUCAGCGACAUGCAUGUGGACAAUCCCAUUUAUUAUUGGGCAAUCAGGCUAAUAACAAGCGACUGGUUUCUGGCAACACGAAUCCUCUCUAUCAGGGUAAUCGCCUGGGUUUUGCAAAUGGAUCGAAUUUCUCACUAAACGGUAGCCUAACCAACGCUACAAAUGGCCUGAUGAAUGGUGCAAACUCAAGGCACACGUACCAACAGCAAAUUCAAGCAAGGCAAAAUUUUCACAGUGCUGGUUUCCCAUCACAGUUCAGAUUUGGCUCAUCCAGCCUUCAUUCUUCGAAUUCUACUCUGGGAACUGGAAACAUAGGAAGUAUUAGCACUUCCUACCCUACUCUGAAUUCCAGUUGCUCCAAUAAUAAUAGCUAUGCCGGGGUUAGAUUGACUACUGAUGGACAGCUCAUCGAAAUGGGACAAACCCGUCUUAAUGGUUGCUACGGCUCAAUGAAUGGAAAUUACAAUGAGGAAAUGAAUGUUGCAGCCAUGGGGAAUCAAACUUUUGGUUAUAUGGGUCAAGGAGGCUCCUCAUCCGCAGGAUUAAAUAACGGCGCAAACCAAGUUUCACCAGCCAACACUGCAGCUAACACUUCGAUGUUGCCUGGUCUUGACAAUAAUGGAGGAGCAAAGCAUUAUAAGUCUGGUCAUCUGAUGAAUAAUGCUCCUACUUUUGACAAUAUAACUCCUCAACAACUUGGUGACGGUUCCCUCAGCGACCUUCUCCUUGAGUCGAAAAACUAUCAAUUCCCUUGUCAGCAACAAGAUGGUGGAGAUGGCGUCCAGAGUCCUGACUUUCUCAGCAGCUCAAUAUUUUCAGAAAUCUUCCCCUCAUUGGAAGAACUUCUGAAUUCUGACUUCUCUGAAUCGUUGUCCUUGGAAGAUACCGCUCCUCAGAAUGAGGAAGCUCUUGAAAAGGUUCAAAGUGAUGAUGGACAGUUGAUGAACACCAGUGUUGGUGGCAGUGCAUAUCCUUCGAAUGAAUCUUAUCCUACUAAUUUUAAUCAAAGCGCUAAUCAGCAACAAAGUGGAGGAGAUCAAGAAACCAUCUCUGAGCUCAGCAGCGUAUUCCAAGUAAACAAUGCUUCUGCUUCUGGAGAUAACGCAUCAGACAAUCAGAACUGGGGAGACGAUUUCGUAGAUUCCUUGUUCAGCUUCGGCUCUCAUUUUGAGUGA